GCCAUUGUGAUGUAAGUACAAUACUACUUAAAAAUAAAGACUGAUUACUAAAAUGGCAGCUUUUAUUUAGAACAUGCAUACUGUAUUACACAAUAAGUGACCCUAUUCAAGGUUUGAUUUCUUAUCUUGACAAUACCUAUAGAUCUACAAUCAAAGUUCAUGAAGACAUUUGCAUGUGUUCAAAAUGGCAUCUUUAACCGUAUUGUUUUCGUUGUGGAUCAUUCAAUUUAAACUGGUGAAUACUGUGGACGAAGUUCAUCACAAACGUCUCCUACUCAAUGAUCCAGAUGUUCUAAAUUCGAGGCUGGUAAAUCUAGAGAAAUCAAUGCAGGACAUGGUUCGCCUAACCCAACAACUACAGAAUGUACAGUCAACUGUAGCCCAACUACAAGCGCAAAAUACCAAUAUGCAGUCAACGAUGGCUCAACUCGAAACCAAAAAUACCAAUAUGCAGUCAACCAUAACACAUCUACAAACAGAGCUAACACAGGAAAAAGAAAAAGUGUCUUUGUUAAAUGAUAGGGGAUCAACGUAUAUUCGCUGGGGACGUAAACAAUGUAGCGGAGUGCACACAGAGAUAUUGUACACAGGUUUUGCAGCAGGCCAAGACUAUUAUCGUUCUAAUUAUUAUGGCGGUCCAGCUAAUAUGCUUUGUCUUCCAAACAAUCCUGAACUAAGUAAUAGAACAGCACCCGAUAACAGCUUCUUGUCUGGAACAGAAUACGAAGAAAAUUUUUUUGUUAAUGGUGCAGCAAAUGAAGAUGUCCCAUGUGCACUAUGCAGAAGCGCAAAUACGUCAGCAACUAUAAUGAUACCUGGAAGGAUAUCGUGUGAUAGCGACUGGAAAUUAGAAUAUUAUGGUAUGUUAGCAUCAGGUUCCUACGGUCAUAAACCAUCAUCAUACAUUUGCCUUGACAGUCACCCAGAAUUUCUACAAGCUGGACAAGAUGACAAAAAUGGUCAUUUACUGUAUGCUACCAAAACUAAUUGUGGAUCUUUGGCUUGUCCUCCUUAUGUUAACAACAUGGCUAUAAACUGUGUCGUUUGCUCUAGAUAAAGCAUCGAAAUAAUUGAUUGCAAUAAUCAUUAUUUUUCAUCUGCAAUGACUGAGUGAAAUUUGCCAAUUCAGUUUGAUACCAAUUGAGAUGUUAAUCAAUAAAUCUUUUUUUUUAUUUCUUAA